AAUCUCUCGUUAUAUAUAGAGAAGCAAGUUCAGCUUCAGUUUCAUCGCCGGGAGCCGGUGGAGCCAUCGUGGGCGUCGCUCUCGUUGCCACACUUCCUCACUCUCCUCACUUAGAGCAAGGAGGAAAAGAGGUUUCAAGGGCGUAAACUCAUUGAAAUACUGUAACCAUGGAUGUGGAUAACAAGUUCUUUAAUAUGGGCCUUCUCAUUCUGGCCACUAUCGUCGUGGCCAAGCUUAUCUCUGCCCUUGUGAUGCCCAGAUCUAGCAAGCGGCUGCCUCCAGUUGUUAAGUCAUGGCCGUUGGUUGGUGGCCUUCUUCGCUUCAUGAAGGGACCAAUCAUAAUGCUCCGCGAGGAGUACCCCAAGCUGGGAAGUGUAUUUACAUUGCCCUUGCUUAACAAGAAAAUUACAUUCUUUAUUGGGCCUGAAGUGUCAGCACAUUUUUUUAAGGCUUCUGAGUCUGACCUUAGCCAGCAGGAGGUGUAUCAGUUCAACGUGCCAACUUUUGGCCCAGGAGUGGUAUUUGAUGUGGAUUACUCUAUCCGGCAAGAGCAAUUCCGGUUCUUUACAGAGGCUUUAAGAGUUAACAAGUUGAAAGGGUAUGUGGAUCAGAUGGUCACGGAGGCAGAGGAUUACUUCUCAAAAUGGGGAGACAGUGGCGAAGUGGACCUAAAGUAUGAAUUGGAACACUUGAUCAUCUUGACUGCUAGUAGGUGCCUCUUGGGUCGAGAAGUUCGUGAUCAACUUUUUGAUGAUGUGUCUGCCUUAUUCCAUGACCUUGAUAAUGGUAUGCUCCCUAUUAGUGUCAUCUUCCCGUAUCUGCCGAUCCCAGCUCACCGCCGCCGUGAUCGUGCUCGUAAGAGGCUUGCAGAAAUCUUUACAAGCAUAAUAGCAUCUCGUAAACAUGCUGGCAAUUCAGAGAAUGACAUGUUACAGUGUUUCAUUGACUCAAAGUACAAAGAUGGUAGGCCCACAACAGAAGGAGAGGUUACUGGCUUACUCAUUGCUGCUCUCUUUGCUGGACAGCACACCAGUUCCAUCACUUCCACUUGGAGUGGUGCAUAUCUCCUCCGCCAUAAAGAGUACUUAUCUGCCGUCGUGGAGGAGCAAAGAGAAUUGAUAGAGAAGCAUGGGAAGAAGGUUGAUCAUGAUGUCUUGUCUGAGAUGGAUGUACUAUAUCGGUGCAUCAAGGAGGCCCUAAGACUUCAUCCCCCAUUGAUUAUGCUUUUGAGGAGCUCACACAGUGACUUCAGUGUGAAAACCCGGGAUGGGAAAGAGUACGACAUUCCAAAGGGUCAUAUUGUUGCAACAUCUCCAGCAUUUGCCAACCGUCUUUCUUACAUCUAUAAAGAUCCAGAUAGGUAUGAUCCUGAUAGAUUUGCUGCUGGGAGAGAAGAAGACAAGGUGGCUGGGGCAUUCUCCUACAUUUCCUUUGGAGGUGGUAGGCAUGGAUGCCUCGGCGAGCCCUUUGCAUAUUUGCAGAUAAAAGCUAUUUGGAGCCAUUUGUUGAGGAACUUUGAGUUGGAGCUGAUAUCACCAUUUCCUGAGAUUGACUGGAAUGCCAUGGUUGUUGGUGUGAAAGGAAAGGUGAUGGUGCGCUACAAGAGACGUCAGAUUGCUUAAUAAGUGAAGGAAAUUAUGGACAGUUGGCAGGUUAAUGUAGGAGUAGGAUGUUACUGUUACCUCUCUUUCAUGAAUUGAUUUUAUUGUCGUUCUUCUGGUUACUAGAGAAGUUUUCGGAUCUUUUGUUGGCUUGCGGCCUUUUGCUUAGCAUUCAUAAAUUUAUCAUUCAAGUAGCUUGUAACAGAAUUUUGAUUCUGUCUUCAAAUCCCAGCUGCUGAAAACCUGUGAUAUGUCUUUGGAGUUCAGUUCCAGUUCAUUUUAGAUGUUUAGUUAUCUUGAUGUAAUCCUGGCAAGAACUGAGUCUUUAAAUUGAUGAAUUUUUGUAUCA